CUUUCGCUUCGGUUGCAUCAUUUCUAGCCGGGCGUCGAGGCAGGUGAGGAGACCGGCUUGGUCGGGGGGAAAGCAGGAAAAAGAUGGUUCAGCAAGUUGCAGAAAACAUAAACUUUCCACAAGAGGAGGAGAGAAUAUUGCAGAUUUGGAAUACACUUAAUUGUUUUCAAGAAUGUCUAAAACAAUCCAAAAAUAGACCUAGGUUUACAUUCUAUGAUGGACCUCCAUUUGCCACAGGGCUUCCACAUUAUGGACACAUACUUGCAGGAACAAUUAAAGACAUAGUAACACGAUUUGCUCACCAGAGUGGAUUUCACGUGGAUAGAAGAUUUGGUUGGGAUUGCCAUGGCUUGCCUGUAGAGUAUGAAAUUGACAAAGCCCUAGGCAUUAAAGGACCAGAAGAUGUUGCAAAAAUGGGAAUUGCAGAAUAUAACAAUAACUGCAGAGGAAUUGUGAUGAGAUACUCACAAGAAUGGAAAACCAGUGUUACAAGACUUGGACGGUGGAUUGACUUUGAUAAUGAUUAUAAGACUCUAUAUCCAGAGUUCAUGGAGACCGUGUGGUGGGUUUUCAAGCAGCUGUAUGAUAAAGGACUUGUAUAUCGAGGAGUUAAAGUUAUGCCUUUCUCAACUGCAUGUAACACACCCCUUUCUAACUUUGAAUCUCAUCAGAAUUAUAAGGAUGUUCAAGACCCUUCCGUCAUUGUUACUUUCCCAUUAGAAGAAGAUGAAAGCAUAUCUUUGGUUGCUUGGACAACAACACCUUGGACUCUGCCGAGCAACCUGGCCCUCUGUGUUAACGCAGACUUGCAGUAUGUGAAGGUGAAAGAAAAAAACACAGGGAGAAUCUUCAUUUUGAUGGAAGCCAGACUGGCGUCCCUCUACAAAUCUGACAAUGAAUAUACAAUACUUGACAGGUUUCCUGGUGUUACACUUAAAGGGAAGAAAUAUAAACCCUUGUUUGAAUAUUUUAUGAAGUGCAAAGAAAAUGGUGCUUUUACUGUAGUGACUGACAACUAUGUGAAAGAAGAGGAAGGUACAGGGGUAGUACAUCAGGCUCCUUAUUUUGGUGCUGAUGAUUACAGAGUCUGCAUGGAUUUUAACAUUAUUCAAAAGGAUUCUGUGCCAGUUUGUCCUGUUGAUGCCUCGGGCUGUUUCAUGGCAGAAGUGACAGAUUUUGCUGGACAAUAUGUAAAGGAUGCAGAUAAGAACAUUAUCAAGGUCCUGAAAGAAAAAGGACGACUGGUCAAUGUGAGCACUUUCAAGCACAACUAUCCUUUUUGCUGGAGGUCAGACACUCCUCUGAUAUAUAAAGCUGUGCCAAGCUGGUUUGUUCGUGUGGAGCACAUGGUGGAGAAGCUGUUGGAAAACAAUGCCCAAUGUUAUUGGGUUCCUGAUUUUGUGAAAGAGAAGCGGUUUGGAAACUGGUUGAGAGAUGCACGUGACUGGGCUAUUUCACGAAACCGAUACUGGGGGACGCCCAUCCCAUUGUGGGUCAGUGAUGACUUUGAAGAGGUGGUGUGUAUUGGGUCAGUAGCAGAACUGGAAGAAUUCUCAGGAGUGAAAGUUACUGAUCUCCAUAGAGAAUGCGUUGAUCAUAUAACUAUCCCUUCACGCUGUGGCAAAGGUGUAUUGCAUCGUGUACCAGAAGUGUUUGAUUGCUGGUUUGAGAGUGGAAGCAUGCCAUAUGCCCAAGUCCAUUAUCCAUUUGAGAAUAAAAGAGAAUUUGAAGACUCUUUUCCUGCUGACUUCAUUGCUGAGGGCAUUGACCAAACCAGAGGAUGGUUUUACACUUUACUAGUAUUGUCCUCAGCUCUUUUUGGAAAGCCUCCUUUCAAAAAUGUCAUUGUAAAUGGCCUAGUUCUUGCCAGUGAUGGGCAAAAGAUGAGCAAACGAAAGAAGAAUUAUCCAGAUCCAGCAAGCAUUGUAAACUCCUAUGGGGCAGAUGCACUGAGGCUAUAUCUCAUCAAUUCUCCUGUGGUAAGAGCAGAAAACCUGAGGUUUAAAGAAGAAGGUGUAAGAGAUGUACUCAAGGAUGUCUUCUUGCCAUGGUAUAAUGCAUACCGUUUCCUUGUUCAAAAUGUUGCCAUUCUGAAACUUAAGGAAGAUGGAAAGGAAUUUCUUUACAAUGAGAACACAGUCAAAAGAAGUGACAACAUUAUGGACAAAUGGAUUCUUUCUUUCACACAGUCGUUGAUUCAGUUCUUCAAAGUUGAAAUGGCUGCUUACAGAUUGUACACUGUUGUUCCUCGACUAGUUAAGUUUGUGGAUGUGCUUACCAAUUGGUAUGUCAGAAUGAACCGCAGGAGGUUGAAGGGGGAAAAUGGAACAGAUGACUGCAUUAUGGCCUUAGAAACAUUAUUUAGUGUUCUUUUCUCCAUGUGCAGACUUAUGGCACCUUAUACUCCCUUUAUCACUGAACUGAUGUACCAGAAUUUGAAGACUCUUAUUGAUCCAGCAUCUGUUCAGGAGAAGAAUACUGACAGUAUUCACUACCUCAUGCUUCCUCAAGUUAGGGAGGAUCUGAUUGACAAAAACAUUGAAAGUUCUGUUUCCAAAAUGCAAUCUGUUAUUGAGCUUGGACGAGUAAUCAGAGAUAGGAAAACCAUUCCAGUAAAGUAUCCAUUGAAAGAGGUGGUGGUUAUCCAUAAGGAUCAACAGGUAUUGGAAGAUAUCAGGUCCUUGGAAAAGUACAUACUUGAGGAACUGAAUGUCCGUCAGGUGACAUUAUCAACUGAUAAAGAUAAGUAUGGAAUCCGUCUGAGAGCAGAACCUGAUCACAUGGUGCUUGGGAAGCGCCUGAAAGGUGCCUUUAAAUCUGUUAUGGCUGCUAUCAAAGAACUAACAAGUGAGCAGUUGGAAGAAUUCCAGAAAACGGGCACCAUUAUGGUGAACGGCCAUGAACUGCACGAAGAAGAUCUCCGUCUGAUGUACACCUUUGACCAGACUGUAGCAGGAUCUGCCCAGUUUGAAGCACAUUCUGAUUUUCAGGUUUUGGUUCUCCUGGAUGUUACUCCUGAUCAAUCUAUGGUUGAUGAAGGUGUUGCUCGUGAAGUAAUUAAUCGUAUUCAGAAGCUUCGAAAGAAGCGAAAUCUUGUUCCUACCGAUGAGAUUACAGUAUAUUACCAUGCACAACCAGAAGGUGAUUAUCUUGAAACUGUUAUUAAGGAGCAUACAGACUUCAUUUUUGCAACAAUAAAGGCUGCCUUGAAGCCAUACCCAGUGCCUCCGUCAAAAGAAGUACUCAUUCAAGAAAAGACUCAGCUGAAGGGGUCAGAACUGGAAAUUACACUCACUAAAGGUGCUUUAGAUCAUCGCAUUGAACCAGCAUGUGCUUAUGUCAAUUUGAACAUCUGUGUUAAUGGUAAAGAGCAAGGUGGUAUGGUGUUACUGGAAAAUCCCAAGGGAGAUAAUAAAUUAGACUUCACUAAACUUAUUAGUACGAUUUCUUCCAUUUUUGGACUUGAAAAGUCAAAACUUGCAGUCUUUAAUGGAAAAGCAGAGCUGAAAAAUCAAACAGACUUGCUGAGUCUUAGUGGAAAGAUGCUUCAUGUAACUGCAGGGUCAGUGCCGGCCUUGAAUAGUCUUGAUGGCUUCCUCUGUCAGUACAUCAAUUUACAGCUGGUGAAUGCAAAACCACAAGAAUGCCUAAAUGGAAUGAUUGGAACUCUUCUCUUGGAAAAUCCUGUUGGUCAGAAUGGACUAACAUAUCAAGGGCUUCUGCACGAAACGGGGAAAAUGUUUGGGCUCCGAAGCAGGCGGUUAAAGUUGUUCCUAGAUGAAGCACUAACAGCGGAGAUUACAAAGGAAACUUCCAUGAAGACUUUAAAUACGAAGACUGUAUACGUUCAUGUUACACCAACAACAGCCGAAUAUUGAGCGAAUCAGUUUCCAUGGUUGUUGCAGUUUAGACAUUUCUUCAUAAAGAAUCCUAAUUUGAAAUGUGGACACUUUCAUCAAGAAUCUCCAAAUCCUGUAGGGUGGUUUGAAUGACAGCAGUACUAUAUGGAAUGUAUUUCUAUCAGUGCAUGUGUGAUAUGCUGCUUUAGAUUUAAGUAGAGUGAACUUUCAUUUUGUAAUAUGAUGUUGUAAACACUAUGCAGAGUAAUACCUAGUCUAAAAUACACAGAAGGAUCUAUGCAGUUAGUUGUUUGGAAGAAACAGAGAUGAGUACCUCAGUCUCACUUGCCUCUGCCUGUUCUUUACAGAAGGACUACCUUUAGCUUUGGUAAUAUUGCUGUUUCUUCAGCAUUCACACUAUGUUAUGUUUAUUUUAAAUCUGAUUAAAUUGUUCAGCGUCACUGAUUGGCAGUUCAUGAAGUAUAUGUUACAAAAGCAGCAUCUGAUGUCCAUAAUUUUGAACAAUAAAUUGCUUUACCAAGA